CACAAGUACACAACUAGAAAAAAACUUGAAAAAACCAGCAACAACCAACAAAAGUUAGAUUGGAGAACCAUAAUGUUAUUAUAACAUAAAGGAUGGCAUCUGGAAAUUCGAGUAAUCCAUCUAAUAAUAUGCAGGCUAACGGAAACGAUCACAAUACAAUAGAGAGUUUGACUGAAGUGUUCAGAUGCUUCAUCUGUAUGGAAAAAUUGAGAGAUGCCAGACUGUGUCCUCAUUGUUCCAAAUUCUGCUGCUAUGCCUGCAUACGGAGAUGGCUUACAGAGACGAGAAUGCAGUGUCCACAUUGUAGGGCACCUCUGCACAUGCCUGACCUCGUGAACUGUCGCUGGGCGGAGGAAGUGACCCAGCAAUUAGAUCUGCUACAGCACACGAUUCCACCGAAAAACGAGGGAGAGAAUGACAUCUGCAGUGAACACAAGGAGAAGAUUAGUGUGUUCUGUGUGAACUGUAAGAAGUGCAUCUGCCAUCAGUGUGCGCUGUGGGAGGGCAAGCAUUCAGGUCACACGUUCAAGCCAGUGGACAACGAGUACAAUGAGCGUGUGAGGCAGGUGAUGGAGAAACUGAGUUUAAACAGGCGUAGAAACAUUGAGCUCAUACAAGACGUGGAGCGAAAAAUCGAGUGUGAAGAUUGCCCAGGAGAUGAGGGCUGUCGAGUCGAGUUGAUGAUAGCCCGCCUGGAGUCACAGCUCAAGAGUACACGUAAAAUGCUCACUCUUCUGGUUAUCAUAUUUGUGAGGCAACAGCUGACCCAGGAGACGGAGGUCCUGGACAACCCGAUUCAAAAGAUCGAGAGUCAGGUGGCCAACAGCAGCAAGACUGAUUUCAUAGCCAAGAGUGAUGAGUUUCUCACAGUGUUCAGACAGACUGAGAGGCAGGGGCCAGUGGGCAGUGCAACCAGUCCAGAACAUGACACUCCAGUUAUAGCUCUCCCUGCUAAAAAAGAGGUUGGAAUCCCCAUAUGUCUUGUAAAUGAUGGGAGCCCACUGGGUAUCCAUGUUGUUCCACACUUCAACGAAGCAAGACAGGAGAUUGGCCUAUCAGUCCAGGGUAUUAAGGAUGGAGGUCGCAUCAACCGCGAUGGCCGUCUCAAGGUGCAUGAUCGCAUCAUCGAGAUCAAUGGGCAUGAUCUCCAUGAAAUAUCCUUUCCUAAGUGAGUGACCUGAUUGGUCCAAAUAUAAUCAAGUCAAUUAGCCAGGGCUUUUCCUGUUAGAUUGACCCAUACCCUAUGCGAUAUAAAAAAAAUUCCCAAUUAAAACAAAUCCCUCUUCAUGUUUUUAUCCCCCGCCAUAGGCGGAGGAAUAUUGUUUUGGCGUUGUCCGUCUGUCCGGCCGGCCGGCACUUUUGUGUCUGAAGCCAUAUCUUGGAAGUGCUUUGGCAGAUUUCAUUGAAACUUGGUAUGAGUAUAUAUAUGAAUAAGAGGAUGAUGCACGUUGGCAUUGUCCAUCUGUCCAGAAAACUUUCGUGUCCAGAUGUAUAUUGGCGGGGGAUAUCAAUUAAAUGAAUGUGCUUGUUUUUCUUUUUAUUUAGUAUAAAAGAGUGAUAUAUUAUUUAGUUUUUCCCAAAUCAUUGUACUUUUUCGUGUGAAAAAAUACCAAAUGAAAAAAAAUUUCUAAAAAUGGGCCUAUUUUGAGGUAUAUUUUUUUAUUAUUUAGCCAUUUGAUUUGCUUUAUGGAUAGAAUUUCAAACUCCUGUGAUCAUUUAUUGCUCUAGUGACAUGAAAUGUUUUUCUUUGUAAGAAGGUGUAUAAUAAAUAGAAUAUUUCAUGGCUAUGAUGUGUUGACAGUUUGUAUCUCAUUUGCUGAUUGUAUGGAAAUUUAUUCCUCUUCUACUGCAGGCUUAUGAAAUACAAUGUAACUUAUUAAACUUGUGCUACACAAACCAUCGGAGCACAAGAGCCAUGUAAUUUUCCUUAUAUAUACAUGUAUAUAUAACAUAAUACUUUGUUUUGGUGUAUGUUUCUCUUCGUUUCUACAUUUUAUGUGUUUGUUAAGAUGUGGUAUGUUGUAAACACUGUGAACACACAUUGUACAUAACAUUAUGAUUGUGAUUUUGAAUGUUUUUCAUCAUACAUAACAUUAUAAUUGUGCUUUUGAAUGAAUCUCAUCAUACAUAACUAUAAUUGUGCUUUUGAAUGUUUUUCAUCAUACAUAACAUAAUAAUUUUGCUUUUGAAUGUUUUUCAUCAUACAUAACUAUAAUUGUGCUUUUGAAUGUUUCUCGUGAUAUGUAACAUAAUAAUUGUGCUUUUGAAUGUUUUUCAUCAUACAUAACAUUAUAAUUGUGCUUUUGAAUGUUUU